CCCAGUGCAGAUCUCAUUAAACCAAAACUGGCUCCAUUAAAUGAAGGUGGGUCAGAGCUGCUAAACAAGACAGUUGCUUGUCUCCAAGAAGAAAAUGAAAAGUUGAAGACCAGACUCAAGACCAUAGAAACACAGGCUACAGCUGCACUAGAUGAAAAGUCCAAACUAGAGAAGUCACUGAAGGAUUUACAGAUGAUCCAAGGAGAUCAAAAGACUAAUGCAAACCAGGAUAUCACUGAACUGGAGAAUAAAGUGGCAGCUUUGAAGUGCCAGUUUGAGAAGACUUUGAGUGACUCUACUGCAAACCAAAAAUUCUUGGAAGAGAACUUGGUGACAACAAAACAUGACUUGCUUAAGGUUCAGGAUCAGCUAUCCACAGCUGAAAAGGAAUUAGAGAAGAAAUUUCAGCAAACAGCUGCCUAUCGCAACAUGAAAGAGAUUCUCGCUAAGAAGAAUGAACAGAUAAAGGAUCUACGUAAAAAACUUUCAAAAUAUGAGCCAGAGGACUAA